UGACUCAUAUACCACAGUCUUUUACAGGAUAUCUACGCGUCACAAGGAGAAGCUCCGCCAUUUUAAUCAGCUGAUUAAACCGGUUUUCCACCUCGUGGGUUGAUCAGCUGAAUCUAAAUUGUUUCCUUCAACGGCAAAUAUGGGAGUUUUUGCGAUUUUUUUCUCCCUGACUCUUCUUCUGCAGACCCUGGGGGCACCCACCAACAAUAUACCAAACUUUAUUGUUUUUGGAAACACAAUGAUCCCCACUCCACUGAUUGGAGCUGCUCUUGGAGGAGUUGGACUUGCUCUUGGAGCAAAGGGAAUUGCUCUCUCAUUGUUAGGUAUUUUACCCCCACUGUUCGAUGAUCCCUGUGGUUCAAACAGAAGAACAAGUUUUCACGAUGAUUGUCCAGAAGAUGAUCCUCCUCACUAUGGUGCGCCGGCGCCAAGCUAUGGUGCGCCGGCGCCAAGUUAUGGGGCGCCAACUUCCUAUGCGGCGCCUGCAACAUCUUAUGGCGCGCCAACAUCAUACGCGGCGCCUGCACCAACUUAUGCCCAACCUGAGCAAACUUAUGGCCAACCUCAGCAUGGCCAUGGGUUAAAGAGGCAUAUCCAAGGAAUGCGUGGGUAUGGCCAAGGUUAUGACCAAGAGUAUGACAAAGAAUAUAACCAAGGGUAUGGCCAAAAGUAUAGCCAAGGGUAUGAAGAAUCGAACAAAAAUAGAUACUAUUAUUUGUGAGUUGGAUGUUACCCUGUUAAAAUGAGAUUUCUAGUCGUCAUUAUAAAUAUACAAACAUGCGAAAAAAAUGAUAAACGUUACAGGGAGUGUUUAAAUAAACCUACAAGAAACUGAAACAAUGCAGUGGAUUUUUCUCUGACGGUUUAACCCUGCACUGCCUGCCAGCCCUCUGAGCCCGAAAUUUAAAAGAGUAUCGUUGAACGAAACUCCCGAGUUUCCUUUUUGGGGUCUUUUUGAUAUUCCCU